UGGCGUUAUCACCGACCGGCCGCGGUGUGACCAACCGUCGGCCGCCGUCGGAAACCACCACGUAGUAGCGCGGAUUCACCCGUUCGCCGAUAACGUCUUGUUUUUGAAAAUAAAAAUUGAAAGCCAUUUCCUCCGUGUCGACGAUCCGCAAAAUGCUAAACGUUCGCGCCAUGCCCUUCCUCCUCUAGUUUCCCGGUCGUCCCCGAGCGGCCGUGACCAUGAUGGCCGAGGACGGGCUGCCCGGACUCAACUACGCCGACAUAGCCAAAAAACUGUUGAACGACCGUCUGCUGCUCACCGCCCUGGAACUCCACUACGAGCUGGUCGAGGCUGGCAAAGAACUGCCCGGGCUACGGGAGUUCUUCUCGAACCCAAGCAAUUUCGAACACUCCUCUCCGCAGAACGACAACAUCAGCAUCACAUUGAGCAUGGCUCGAUCCUCGAGUCAGGCCACCUUGGACUCUCUGGAGAUGACCAGAUAUUCAGAGGACGGUGAUAAGACAAUAAACGAACGAGUCGCAAUACUUGAGUUUGAACUUCGCAAAGCCAAAGACACAAUAAACGCUCUUAGGACAAACUUGACGGUCGCAGCUGUAGAAUCUGAAGAGUUUGCUGGAGAAGAACCCAAAAUUAAUCAAUAUGAUGAUAGAAUCAAACCACAUGAGCAACGAGUUCUCAACUUUUUAGUUAAUGAAUACUUGAUGCAACAUAAUUAUAAGUUAACAUCAAUUACUUUUGCAGAUGAAAAUGAAAAUCAAGAUUUUGAAAUCUGGGAUGAUGUUGGCCUUAAUAUUUCAAGACCACCUCAUUUAUUAUCAAUGUAUAGGGAUCGAGCUAAAAGUUAUUUGAAAUCAGAUGUGUCCUGUCAAUGUGAAAAAAUUGAUUGCGUAAAUAUUUCUACCCAGAUAGAAGAAAACUCCAGUGAUCUAACAAAAAGAAUCUCUCAAUUAGAAAAUGAUAAUGAAAAUCUCAUUUCUCAAUUACAGUUGCUCAAAUCAUCCAAAGAUAAAUCUGAAAUUAAUACUGAGAUAUAUAAAGAAAAGUGGUUACGACCCAGCAAAAUAAAUAAACAAAUAAAAAAUCAUGAAUCAUCAGUUUUUCGUGAUACAUUAAUCGAUAAAUGUUGGCCUGAUCUACAAUUGCCAUUAAUGUGUUUGGAUGUGAGCUUGGAAGUUAUAACUGAUGAUGUCGAACUAAAUUUAUAUCCUCUACUGCGAUUGCUUGAAAAUCAAAGAUUACGUAACCAAAAUGAUGAAAAUCUCUUAGAAUCUGAAAAACAAGAAGAUUUUAUUAUUUUAAGUAUUCUUUUAAUGCAUAUCCAUCCGGAUGCAUCUGAAAGAGAAAAGUUGUUGUACUCUCUAUUUAAUAUGAGAAAAAAACCUAGUAAAAAAGAAAGAAAUUUUAUUAUAGGAGGUUUAUCUUGGUUUUUAAAAUAUUCAAACUGUGAUUUUUUUGAAAAAGAAUUAUUGCCCCAAUUAUGGCAUUUAUUGACAGAUAAAUAUGUUGAAAAAAGACUAUUAGUUGCAGAAGCUUGUUCUUGGUUUAGCCCUUUAAUUAGUUGUGAAUCAAGGCAAUCAUUACUCUCUGUAUUGCAACAAAUGUUAAUUGAAGACAUGGACGAAUCUGUUCGCGCAGCUACUAUUAAAAGUAUUGCUAUCAAUACUGUUUAUAUUUAUGAUAGUGACAAAUAUGCUCAAGUCGAAGAACUUCUUUUUGUCGGCCUUAAAGAUAAUUUUAAAUAUGUAAUUGAAAUCACCAUAGGAGUUUUGUUACCUGUAUUAGCUAAAUGGGCAUUUGAUAACGGCCGUUUACAAUCAAAUUGUUGCACAAAAUUAAUAAACUCUUUGACUACUCAAAUCAACGUUCUUGAUUGUCAAAAAAAAUCAGAAAAAACUAAUCAGUUAGAAUCCAAUUGUUGUUAUAUGGCUAAUGCUCUUCGUUCUAUUCUUCCAUACUUAGUGCUUUUUGUUGCAUCUGCUCCUGAAUGUUUAUCUUUACAAAAUAAAGAUACACCUAGAGGAGAAUUGAGGACAGGUUUUGCUGAUAUAUGCAUAGGUUUGUGUAACCCUACAGUAUUCUUUAAUGAUCCAAAUUAUACAAUUGGUACUGUGAUGUGUACAUUUGAUGCUGUUGUUGAGAACAAUCAAAUAACAUGGCCCAGGCUACAGUGGCUAUUUGAAUCCAUGUUACCUAAUUUAAUUGAAUCUUCAUCCCUGGUUUCAAUUGAAAAUCAAAAACUUUUGCAAUCGCUCAUGGCACUAUUCCAAUCAUUUUGUUAUGGAUUUGGAUCCAAGUUCACUCAAAAUAGAGUAAAACCAUUAUUUAUAAAGAAAAUCCAAAAUCUUGAAAAAUCAUUAGGGAAAAUAUCUAAUUCAUUGCCAUCAAUGUCUCUACUUUGUAUAUAUAUGUGUUCUAUAUUAGCUCCAAUCUCACAUGAAGAUAACGAACUAGAAAUAACACUUAAAAAGUAUGUGUGUUCUUUACCUUUAUGUGGGGUGCCUAUAGAUGUAUUGCACUUAACAAUCAGCCAAUUAGCCAUUAACCAUCAACACUUACAUGAGAUGAUAUUAUCAUCUCUCUGGGAAGGUGUAAUUAGUCAAAAAGAAGCAAUCCGUUUGGCCGUUACUAAACUACUACCCUCGGUCAUUCCACACUUGUCUGAUACGUUUACAACUAAUAGAAUUGUUCCUGCUCUUAUUACUCUGUCAAACGAUUCUAAUAGUGAUGUAAAAAUAGCUUUGGUUCCGGUUUUGGGACAGUUAAUGAUGUCUACCAAUAACAAGGAUACUAUAGAAAAGUGUCGUUUUCAAAUGAAAAGUCUCAUGGAUGAUAGGGCAUUAAGUGAGAGUAUAGUGUUUGCCACCGAACUCAUAACAACUUUUGGUAAAUUGGCUCCCAAGUCCGAUCAAGCGUACAGAGAAGAUGUAAUGAUGGUCCAGUUAAAUAUGUACUCUGGUGUAGCAGUAAGGACAUCUGACAUUACAAAGAAGGUAGAACUGGCACGUGUGCUGUUAGAUGCUUUCAGUACAGUUCUUUAUGAAUGCACUUUAUCCCAAAGUGCUAUUACAUUAUCUCUUUUACCUAGUUUAAGAUGCCUGGAAGAACUUUGCAAUGUUAAUAAUUUAUCUCAAAAAGAAUUAUCAGCUAUGUUAAUUAAAGAAGCUGAGUCAAGGUUACCAUUACAAUCAGAAAGUAGUGGAAGCGGUCUAGGCAUGACUCAAGAUUUAAAACCUAAAAUGGUUAAAAUGUUCCAAUCAUCAAAUAUUGCUAAACAAACCAUGUUUUGGAAAAAAAAUAACCAGUCUCAAUAAACAUAUUUUUAAGACUAUGCGGCAAAAACUUAAAUAUUUAGAGUAUUAUUUGAGUAAUA